CUCCCCCACUCGCCCUCCCCCCGUCACGUGAUGUCUCUGGGGUGGUGGAGGCAGAGCAGCAGGAAGAAGCAGCAAUGGCGAGUCAGUCCCACGGCAUCCAGCAGCUGCUGCAGGCCGAGAAGCGAGCGGCGGAGAAGGUGUCCGAAGCUCGCAAGCGGAAGAACCAGCGGCUGAAGCUCGCCAAGAAGGAGGCACAGGCGGAGAUCGACGAGUACAAGACGAAGCGUGAGGAGGAGUUCGCUCAGCGGCGCGACGCGGCCCUGGGCUCGCAGGGCGACGUGUCAGCGCGCGUGGACGAGGACACGGACCGGCGCCUCGUGGCGAUGAAGGACGGCUUCGGCGACCGGCGGGACGCCGUCCUGGACAGCCUGCUGGCGCUCGUGUGCGACGUGCGCCCCCAGAUCCACGAGAAUUACCGCAUCGCCAGCGCCUAGCCGCCCAACCGGCGCCACCGCAUCGUCACCACCGCCGCCGCCGGCACCGCAUCGUCACCACCGCCGCAGCAUCGCCGCCAUCACCGCCGCCGCCGGCACCACCGCAGCAGCAUCGCUGAAACACACCGCCACUACCGCCUCACUGUAGUCACUCUCACUGCACUACCACCAUCUCACUGUAACCGCGUUACACUGUAACCACGUUACCCUGUAACCACGUUACCGUGUAACCACGUUACAGUGUAACCACGUUACACUGUAACCACGUUACCGUGUAACCACGUUACAGUGUAACCACGUUACCGUGUAACCACGUUACCGUGUAACCACGUUACCGUGUAACCACGUUACCGUGUAACCACGUUACAGUGUAACCACGUUACCCUGUAACCACGUUACAGUGUAACCACGUUACCCUGUAACCACGUUACAGUGUAACCACGUUACCGUGUAACCACGUUACCAUGUAGCCACGUUACAGUGUAACCACGUUACCGUGUAACCACGUUACCCUGUAACCACGUUACCCUGUAACCACGUUACAGUGUAACCACGUUACACUGUAACCACGUUACCGUGUAACCACGUUACACUGUAACCACGUUACCGUGUAACCACGUUACACUGUAACCACGUUACAGUGUAACCACGUUACCGUGUAACCACGUUACCGUGUAACCACGUUACCCUGUAACCACGUUACACUGUAACCACGUUACCGUGUAACCACGUUACACUGUAACCACGUUACCGUGUAACCACGUUACCCUGUAACCACGUUACAGUGUAACCACGUUACAGUGUAACCACGUUACACUAACCACGUUACCGUGUAACCACGUUACAGUGUAACCACGUUACCGUGUAACCACGUUACACUGUAACCACGUUACCGUGUAACCACGUUACACUGUAACCACGUUACCGUGUAACCACGUUACACUGUAACCACGUUACAGUGUAACCACGUUACACUGUAACCACGUUACCGUGUAACCACGUUACACUGUAACCACGUUACCGUGUAACCACGUUACACUGUAACCACGUUACAGUGUAACCACGUUACACUGUAACCACGUUACCGUGUAACCACGUUACCCUGUAACCACGUUACAGUGUAACCACGUUACCGUGUAACCACGUUACCGUGUAACCACGUUACACUGUAACCAUGUUACCGUGUAACCGUGGUUACACUGUAACCACGUUGCCGUGUAACCACGUUACAGUGUAACCACGUUACACUGUAACCACGUUACCGUGUAACCACGUUACACUGUAAUCACGUUACCGUGUAACCACGUUACACUGUAACCACGUUACCGUGUAACCACGUUACCCUGUAACCACGUUACAGUGUAACCACGUUACCGUGUAACCACGUUACAGUGUAACCACGUUACCGUGUAACCACGUUACCGUGUAACCACGUUACACUGUAACCAUGUUACCGUGUAACUGUGGUUACACUGUAACCAUGUUACCGUGUAACUGUGGUUACACUGUAACCACGUUGCCGUGUAACCACGUUACAGUGUAACCACGUUACACUGUAACCACGUUACCGUGUAACCACGUUACACUGUAACCACGUUACCGUGUAACCACAUUACCGUGUAACCACGUUACCGUGUAGCCACGUUACAGUGUAACCACGUUACCGUGUAACCACGUUACCCUGUAACCACGUUACAGUGUAACCACGUUACACUGUAUACACGUUACCGUGUAACCACGUUACACUGUAACCACGUUACCGUGUAACCACGUUACACUGCAACCACGUUACAGUGUAACCACGUUACCGUGUAACCACGUUACCCUGUAACCACGUUACACUGUAACCACGUUACCGUGUAACCACGUUACACUGUAACCACGUUACCGUGUAACCACGUUACCCUGUAACCACGUUACAGUGUAACCACGUUACAGUGUAACCACGUUACACUAACCACGUUACCGUGUAACCACGUUACCGUGUAACCACGUUACAGUGUAACCACGUUACCGUGUAACCACGUUACACUGUAACCACGUUACCGUGUAACCACGUUACACUGUAACAACGUUACCGUGUAACCACGUUACACUGUAACAACGUUACCGUGUAACCACGUUACACUGUAACCACGUUACAGUGUAACCACGUUACAGUGUAACCACGUUACACUGUAACCAC